CUGCUUAUUUCAGCUAAACCAGGCUCAUUUGACUCGUGUAAAGAAUGGUUGCGAGACCUUCGCGAACAAUCAGAGAAUGUAUCAGUGUUGCUCAUUGGCAAUAAGUCCGAUUUAAGAAAUCUACGUGAAGUCCCUUCAGAUAUAGCCAGAAGAUUUUCCGAGGAGAAUGACCUCACAUUUAUUGAAACCUCCGCUUUAGACAACUCAAACGUCGAGAAGGCUUUUACUCUUGUCCUCACGAAAAUUUAUCGGUCAGGGAUGGCAAAUAUUCAUAAAAACGAGGACAAAGUACUUCAACUUUCUGCCAAUGCUUCUCAGGCUUCUCAGGCUGUUCCUAAAAACGGCUGUUGUCGAUCUGGAUAGAU